UUAAAAUUAAUCCUCCUUUGCUUUAUAUAUACAUACAUAUUUAUAUAUAUAUAAAAGAAAAAUACCAGAAUUAUAUUCUUUAUCAUCAUCAAGAAAAGCAUCGAGAUUUUAUCAGACGGUGGAUAUGAGCUGCAACGGCUGCCGAGUGCUGCGAAAGGGGUGCAGCGAGACAUGCGUAUUGAGAUCGUGUCUGCAUUGGAUCACCAACCCUGAAGCCCAAGGUAACGCUACUUUGUUUCUCGCCAAAUUUUUUGGCCGUAGUGAUCUCAUGUCUCUCAUCUCCGCCGUACCCGAAGCCCAACGCCCUGCUCUGUUUCAGUCGCUGUUGUUUGAGGCGUGCGGGAGAACGGUGAAUCCGGUUAACGGAGUGGUGGGGCUAUUGUGGAGCGGUAACUGGCAUAUGUGUCAGCAGGCUGUGGAGACUGUGCUUUCCGGUGGAGCCUUACGGCCGUUACCUGGGAUUCUCACCGGAGUCGUAGCGCCGAAUUGCGAUGAAUCAUCUGACAGAUUCUCUGCGGCUGCGUACGCAGUACAUAACAUGGCGCGGAAUCAAUCAAGAUCGUUUGCUAAAGAGAAUAAUAAUGAAACGGUGUCUGAUCAUCAUGUCAACCCGUGUCUCGCUAGAGGAAAAGGUGGAAGAGAUAAAAGAGGAAGAGACGCGGUGUCGUUUUAUACAGGAGGGGAAUCGGAGACAAUAAGCUUUGAAAGCAGCGGUGGUGAUAAGAAAAGGCUUUUGAAUCUGUUUGUUUGAAUAAAUAAAAAAGAAACAGAGUUUUGUUGUAACUUAUUAUUAUUAUUAUUUUUUCUCUAUAUGAAUAUAAUGUGGAAUUUUGAUUCGGUGCGUUUUUGGCUAGGUUUCUUUCCUUUGUAAUUUGAUUUUUACUAACUUCUCAGUUUCUGAAUUAACGAAAUUUAAUGUUGGCGUGUAGCUGGUGGGUAUUAUUAAUUGGGAAUGAGUAUCUAUUUUAUUGAA